UCUAGCAAUUUUAACAUCCUUUUAAGUGGCGCUUACAUCAAUUCAGAAUUAGAAAUGGAGGACACUUCAAGGUUAAAGGCUCCCAGGAAACUGAAAUUAUCAAAGCCAAGGCCAAGAACAAAAGACUUGAAUCAGAAUAACAUUCCAGUUAGACCAUUCAGCACUGAUGACUUCCCUGUACCUAUAUCUUCCCAUGAUACAUUACUACAGGAAGAAAAUUAUGACAUCAGGGGAGAUAAUGUUGAAUGUCAAAGUAUAUCAUCUGAUUCUUCUGAUAUCUUGAACACAAAAAAUAUCAACAUGACUUUUGAUCAGAACAGAAACUGUUACCUUUCCAGUAGACGAAGUUCAGAAGCCAGUUCUAUUUGCAGCAAUCCUGAGGAUAUGAAUGCCAACACAACUUAUGACAUAUCAAAAAUGAGGGCUCCCAGGAAAGCCAAACUGACCAAACCUAGACCACUUAAAUCAAAACCAGAUGAAAAUGGAAAUGAAAAAGAGAUGAAAAUGGAAAUAAAUCAAGAUGAACAGAAUAGCAAAGAUCUGAUGGAUAAGAUAAGUGACCUAAUGUCACAGUUAAAGCAAGGUUCUUUAUCGGCCAAUAAUUGUUUACAUCUCCGUGAUCUGCUGGCAGCUCAUUGUCCACAUUUAGAACUCAUCAAUAAAGAAUAUAUUGAUAGCUGUUUUCGACAUAUAGAAGAGGUAUUAAAAGAAAAGAAACAGCAAGAUAAAUUAGUUCUUGUCAGUUUGAGGGACCUUAUUGCAUUACGACAGAGAGCAUGGCAACCAUAUCCAAAACCUCCAACCAGUAGAAAAAAAUCUAUAACUUGGAGUGAAAUAAGAGAAGAAAUUCCUUACAGAGAAUGCAUGUUGAAUGAUUCUACCCACAUACCAUUAGUACAAAAUCAAAUGAGUGUGGAUUCUGGCAUAGAUAUAGAAGAUAGUAUAGAUGUGGAAGACCAAGUUCUAUGGGAUACAGAAGAAGAUUUUGAAGAUGACUUAACCAAUGGAAUUUUGUCACAGUGCAAUAACACUAAAGAUGGAGAGAAAGAAAGAUCACCAAGUCCACAGAGUGUUAUUGAAGCUGUCAAAGGACUGAAAAUAGUAGGAGAAGACGAAGAAUUUGUCAAGGCUGCUGCAGCAUUGCUACAGAAAUUUUUGAAAAAUAGGAAGAUUCCAGAAGAGAAAGAAAAUAAGAAAGAUGGGACAACUCUUGAAAAGAAAGAAAACAAGAAAAACAAAUCAAAGAAUAGUGUGAUGAGACAGCCAAUAGGACCAGGAACCAGUGAUAAACUGGUAAAGGAAGUGGAGGAAACAUUGCCUAAUGGGAUGCACUCUGCUAAAGGGAGGAGGUCAAUGUUCAAAGUUUACAAUAGUGCAAUGUCUGGAGCUUUCAAUGAUGACCAUGAGAACACAAAGUUACCACAGUCAUAUGAUAGAGAUGAAUUAUUGUAUUUAGCAUUAUCUCCCCUUUCAAAGAAAUGUCCUACAGAGUUAUCCUACCUGAGUAAAGUGUUCCCUGAUGUAUGCUUCACACAGGUUGACAGAUAUUUCAACAAAGACAGUUUACCAGUUAAAGAUUACAGUUGGAGUUGUCCUAUAAGGGGGAUGUCUAAACAAGAUACCAGUUCAGAAGACAAUGGCAAGCAAGCAUUCAAUUCUAAUUUCCUUAGAAGAGGUUUCAGUUGUCCAUCUGGGGAUUCUGAUACUGAUUCCAACAGUUCUAGAGAGGAAGUUGGAAACAGUCAGAAACACUUAGCUGGAUAUGGAACGCCUUCGUUUAAGAGAUCAUUCAGUUAUCCUGAAGGAGAUUCCAACAGUUUUACAAGCAAUGGACUCAGAAAUGGCUUUUCAACAAAAGAAGGAUUUGGAUCCAGGGAUUUCGGUAAUGGAUUCAACAAAGCUACUUCAUCUUAUGGAAGCCGUGAUUAUGAAUCAAAGGAAAACAUUUAUAACAACAACAGAAAUAGUUUGGGAUCCCCAAGUGACAGACAGACAAGUCAAACAGAGAACAAUAAGUUUGGCAAUCAGGAUAACAAUGGACAAAGGAAAGGAUUUGGUUCUCCCAAUAACAACAGUGAACUAACCAGUUGAAUUAUGGGAAAUGUAUUUUUUAGAAAAUUCAUCUGAAUAGUGAUAAGCUUUACUGCUUAAUUGUAUGUUUUAACUUUGUCUUAAAGUACAAUCAAUUGAUAAUUUUGACCUAGAAUAGUCUGAAAAACCUCUGUCUUGAAGCUAGACAUGUUAGAGGUCAAGGUAUUGUGCACUUGCAAAAUGAAACUUUGCUAAACACUUUGCAUAUUUUACGCUAUUGAUUGUUACAAUGUGUUCAGUUACCUGUUUUCAGGUUUUUGUAAUUCAUAUCUGGAUUAAUUCUGUAUAAAGGGUGCUAAAUAUAGUUAUUCCAAUCUUAUAAACAUAUAUACAUGUGUAUAUCUGGUUAUCUGUAUUUCCUUGUGUGAAGUCAGAAGAAUUUUUUAAUUCGACAAACCUAAUAUUGCAAAUGUUGUAAAAACUUUACAAGUGAUGUUUUUUUUGGUUUUUUUAUUAAACUGUGAUGCAUUUCUGACAAUAUUUUGUAUUACUGAAGAUUUUCAAGAAAGAAAAAUAACCAAUUUAUUAUUAAACCAAUAAAAAAUAUAGCAAAGAAAUAAUAACCAUAUUAAUAUUGUAGUGAAAAUAGUAUAUAUUCAUUCUAGUCACUUUGUUAAAAAUUCAAAUUUAUAUUUUUGUUUUCGUUUAUUUAGAUUUAAAAGCAUAGAUUCAGAUUUAUUAUUUUCAAAGGGCAUUAGAUUUCAUUUUAAAUAUCAACACUGAAGAAAUGAUUUUUGUAAGAUAUGAUAUCUGAGUAGGGAGUAGGAAAACCACUGUUAUUAUAAAUAUAUUUCUGACAUGAUAUGAAGAGUGUUCCAUAACACAAAAAAAAUAAAUAAUUAUUAUAAUUUAAAAAGUAGAUAAAAACUUAUUUACAGUUUAAUAGCAGAAAAUAUUAAAUUAUCUAAAAAAAAAAUCGCAUUCUACAAUCAGGUUAAAGAACAAGCUGUGAUACAUUAUAAUCAACACUGUUUAUUAUUCAUUUCUCAUUUGUCAUAUGCUGUAUAUUUGUAUAUUCAUUUUCAAUAACCAUUGACCAAAUAUUUUGCUGCAAGAUGUAAUAUUCUAUAUUCAUGUUUAAAAAAACUGAGUAGGAAGAUCUUUUUGUGUAAAAGCUAAGUUUUGCUAUUAAACGCUAUGUGUAGAAUUGCCAUUUUCAGUUGAUUAUAUAAAUUCUAAGAAAGCAAAACUAACAUUUCUGCGCUGAAGUUUCCAGAUUAUAUAAUACUGCUAUUAAUAAUUACUACGAAGUAGGUUCAAACUUGAAGGAAAUAUGAAGAAGAUACGAUUGCCUGUUCUUUUCUCUCCAUAUUAUAUAAAAUAGUGUAAAAUGUGUAAAUUCAUUAUCAAUUUUAAAUAUUCCAUGUAUAGAUUUUCUCUAGACUUGAAAUGAUUUGUGCAAAGGCUCCAUCCUCAGAUCAAAUCUUUGAUAAACCACAAAUAUUUAAAUGUAAGAAUAAAUCUAAAAUUUACCAAAAAACAUAUUAAAGAAGAUAUUUUAACCUAAAUUAAAGAUCAUCAUACAUGUUUAGUGAUUGAUAGUGUCUAUCUACAUUAAGGGGAUUCUGAUCCAGGAUCCUGCUUACUGUUUUGUCGGAUUCCUGUAUACCACUUACACUAUGUUUGUAAGCAAUUUACAUUUUUUUGUAAUUUUUCGUGUCCAUCAAGACUUCAUUUCCUGUUUUCACGGCACAAUAAUUUGACUUUCAUGUGUCACCCUUACAAAAAAAUGGCAAUCCCGCUUCACGCUUAGACCCACCAUUUAAAAAGUUAUGCUUUUUAGUUUAGCUUUUAUUACUCAGGAAGAAUUUUGGCAUUUAAAUAUAUAUAUAUCCUGGUCAAAUACUCAAAAUGUUUAAAUGUUACUUAGUAGGAAUUUAGAUACAGAGGUUGUGUUAUUAAUACAUAUUCAAUUCAUACUUUGUUUGAAUUUUCCAAAAUAAGUAUUGGUUGUGGUGCUAGUCUGUUUUUAUUAUUUUUCAAUCUUGUUAUAACUUUUUUGAGCUGUAUAUAUUUUUGUUGACACUUUGCAUACAAAUGGCGCUAUGGGACUUAUUUUUAUGUCUUGACCAUUUACAUUAUAUAGGGCAUUAACAUUUGUACACUAGGCAUUAUAGUGUUAGCAUGUUUUUGUUGAUACGCUUUGCAUAUUAGUCCCCUUGCAAGGUUUUGUUGUCAUUAUAUAGUGCCCUGUUACAUAUUUUUUUUUUUUUUUUUUAUAAAUGCAUAAUAAUUAUUUUUAGGGCAAUUCCAGACAAAAAUAUGUUAUUAAAUCAUUAAAUGGUGCU